CCCUGGGGCAUAAAACGUAUGGAAAAAGAACAAAUGAAAUUAAUUUUAAUUCAUUGAUCUGCAAAUUCUGAGCUCUGAUCCCUCUCCAAUGGCAGCCCCUUUCUUCUCCACACCUUUCCAACCUUUUGUGUACCAGAGCCCACAAGAUGCUGUAACCCCUUUUCAGAUCUUGGGUGGGGAAGCUCAAAUAGUUCAGAUAAUGUUGAAGCCACAAGAAAAAGUUAUUGCAAAGCCUGGCUCCAUGUGCUACAUGUCUGGCUCUAUACAAAUGGAAAAUGUUUAUGUCCCUGAAAAUGAAGCAGGUGUGUGGCAGUGGCUUCUUGGUAAGAAUGCUACUAGCAUAGUUCUUCAAAAUACUGGUUCAACUGAUGGGUUUGUGGGGAUCGCUGCACCUACUCUAGCAAGAGUACUCCCGAUUGAUCUAGCAUUGUUUGGUGGUGAAAUGUUGUGCCAGCCGGAUGCAUUUCUUUGCUCAAUUAAUGAUGUCAAAGUAAAUAAUACAGUUGAUCAGAGGGCACGAAAUGUUAUUACCAGUGCUGAGGGAUUUUUGCGGCAGAAAAUAUCUGGUCAAGGGCUUGCUUUUAUAGUUGGCGGUGGUUCUGUUGUACAGAAAAAUCUUGAGGUGGGUGAGGUACUCGCAGUUGAUGUGUCGAGCAUUGUUGCAGUAUCAGCAUCAGUGAACAUACAAAUCAAGUAUAAUGCUCCUAUGAGAAGGGUAGUCUUUGGGGGUGACAAUCUGGUCACUGCCGUUUUAACCGGACCUGGUAUUGUCUUCAUCCAGAGCAUGCCCUUUCAUCGGCUUUCUCAGCGCAUCGCUAGGGCUGUUACAUCUCCAAAUAUGAGGGACAAUCCCAAGUUUUUCUUCCAGAUAGCAAUCUUUUUCUUUCUAGCAUACGUUGUUGUUGUGUCAUCUCUAAUCUUGACGGACAUAUGAUUAACCUCAUUCUUUUUCUUGGUUUUCUUUUCUCGUUACACCUUGUGUCCCAUAUUUAGCAGAUGUAGCGUUUGGUAUUAUACUUUUAAAGAAUCCAUGAAAUGGAUAACAGGGUUUCUAUUGAUGCAGGCUGUAUCAUGAUGGAAAUGUAAAGAACAUUAGAAUGUGUAAUUACUAUAUUUAGUGUCUCCCUCCUGUAAUCCAAGUCGAAAUUUAUAGCACUCCUACUGCCCAAUAUAGAUAACACCACUUGGUUUACUUUCAGUCAUCCUCUUGGGCUAGGGCAUGUCCUUAGAACCAUAGAUUGAUUACAAGCUCGUUUACAAAUUAUUCACCAA